ACUUCCAGUGCACUACUGCAGAUCCAAAUUUUGCAGCAAUGCCGUUCUACGCACUCAAGGGUGUCAAGUUUUUCAUCGGCCACCCGCAUCUGUGGAAGCAGGCGGCGUUCCCGCUGCUGCUCACGCUGGCCUUCAGCAUCUUCUCGGUCUUCCUCCUCUUUGCCUGGACGCUUCGCCCGCAGGAGAGCUGGCUGUCCGACAAGGGAUUGCCCUCGGUGUUCUCGUGGCUCUUCGCUGUGAUCUUUGUGAUCGUGGAGAUCUUCCUCGUCACGUUGCUAUACGCGUUCAUUGUACUUGAGUGCUUUAAGGACAAGAUAUUUGCCUUUGUGCUGCGCGAGAAGGGAUACGCUGCGCUGGUGGACCGUGAGUCCCAGGAGUCGGCCGUCGUGCGUGUGUGCUCGGCGUUUUUCCGCCUGGAUGCCAUUUUUCACGUGAUCCUGCUCAUCGUGUCGCUACCGCUACACCUGAUCCCCGUCAUUGGUAGCAUUGUCUACGCGUGGCUGCACAGCACGUUCAUGGCUUGGGAGUCGCACCUGUACUACUUUGAUCUCAAGGGUCUGGGCUUCAAGCAACAGCAACGCUGGAUCGGUCAGCGUAAGUUCCAGUACACGAGCUUCGGUUUCCAGAUGCUGUUGCUGCAAAUGAUUCCGCUUGUGGGUCCUCUCUUCAUCUUCUCCAACACAUGCGGAGCUGCACUGUUAGCUAUCAAGAUGGAGCGUGAAGGCGGUGACAAGUGGGUCGACGAGGAGGACGACGAAGCUCUUUUGUCCGGCAAAAAGACUGGCGUUUACGGAACGGUCUAAGCGUGGAUGAGUGUGAGAAUGGAGGGGCUGUAGAUAAGUGACAAGCAUGUUCUAAAAACAUUGGAGGGCAGGUGAGGAAAAGGCAGGGUAAUUGCCUACAAAUAUGACCUAAUCAGCCUUGACCAUGGCAAAAUGCAGUCCGUUACGGACUGCAUUUGGACUCCGUAGCGGACUGUUGAUCUCAAGCGAUCUACAAGUAGUAAAAUGGUACUAUUAUUACUACAGUAUAAUUCUACGUA